AUGGACUGCAUCAUCCUAGUUAACGCUUACACCUGGGGUCCUGUUGCUAACUGUCCUGGUGUUAUCGAAGCACUAUGUAACAUUGCUCGAUCAUCAGAUGACUGGCAGUAUAUGGCUAUCGACUGUCUUCUUUGGUUACUUGAAGACCAGAGCACUUCAAACAAGGUGAUAGAUAAGGCAGCUCCGGCACUCACAGAUUUAGCAGAAAUUUCUGCUCUUGGUGAUCAUAAAAGAUUAGGAGACAUCAUUGUUAAUGUCCUUCAAGAACGCUGCCAGGCACAAGGGACAGCACGCAACUAUAUCAGCAGUCGUACAAAAGAACAGAUUGAUGAGCUUUUGAGCUCGAGGCAGAGAAUAAAAUGGGAGAAGAACAUGCCAAAGGAGGAUCUCCAAAUAAAACAAGCUGCAGCAUUGGUUGUUAAGCUCGAAGGAAACUCUUUAUUCCCUUCAGGAGAUAUUUCAGGGGCUGCAUCAAAAUACUCUGAAGCUUUGGCACUGUGUCCAAUGAAGUCCAAAAAGGAAAGACUUGUCUUGUACAGCAAUAGGGCUCAGUGUUAUCUUCUCUUGCAGCAGCCACUGGCAGCCAUAUGUGAUGCUACACGAGCGUUGUGCCUACAUAACCCUCCUAAUCGUCAUGCAAAAAGCUUAUGGAGAAGAGCCCAAGCAUAUGAUAUGCUUGGAUUGGUGAAGGAGAGCUUGUUAGAUGCCAUUCUUUUCAUUAAUGAGUGCUCUAAGUCUAAUGAUCCUGACCUUUCUUUAAGGCACAACAAAGUUCCUGAUUAUGCUGAAAGGUUAGUGAAGAAGCAGAUGCAUGCUGCAUGGUUAUUCAGAGAAGCAGCUAUUAAGCAUGGGGGCAUUCCUACCGAGGAUGGAUCUGGAGAUGUCUAUGGCCCAGAAGCUGAUGAUUCUGAGUGGGAAACGGCUAGUGAAAGUGAUGUAGAAAAUGGUGGACAGGAAGCAGAUGACAAUGAAGAGAAUGAUGACAUCCGGAAGGAUAUGUAUGACAAGUCAACUGCAAAAGGUAUCAAACUGAUCUUUGGAUAGGAAUUUGGAGGAAAAGGAAUUCACUGCUUUAAGUUUGAGAUUACUG